AAACUAUAUACACUACUUCCAAAAUAAUGUUCGCAAAAGUUUUCACCGCAGGUCUCAUUGCUACAUCUGCUCUUGCAGCACCAGUUGCUCGUUCUGACUCGCUCACUUCAGUUGUUCAAGGUCUCGGAUCAAAUUCAGAUUUCACUUCUGCACUUUCAAGCCUUGAGACCUUAAACAGCCAGGAUUCUAAGCCUACAUCAGACGAUAUUAGCUCUGUCGUCAACCAGCUUACUUCAGCAUUCAAGUCAACAAACGAUCAAAUGGCCACAGCUGAUACCUCAGAUGUCGAUCCAAAUGGUCUUGGUAAAUAUCUCGCUGAUGAUAUCCAAAACAUUGUCAACCACCUUUCACCAACAUUAAACAGUGUCGUUGGUGAAGAUCUUGGUUUACAGUCCAUCUUGCAACCAUUAGAUGAUGAGAUCAGCUCAACUUUGUCUGGACUUGAAAGUGAUGUUACCAACGUCCAGAAAAUCCUAUAUGGCGCUUUGAAUGAUCUCGGUUUAGGUGAUGUUGCAGACCUUUUAAACAAGACAUUAAACGGAGAACUCCCAGGUCUUCUUACUUCAAUUGAUAAUGAGCUUAAUGGUGUUCUCGAGCAUGUUCCGGUCGUUGGUGAUCUUUUGUUAUCGCUCGGAUUAUAAAAAAAUUUGCAGUAAUCCUGCUAUCUACUCUAAUUUGUAAUACUCUGUGUGGGAUACACAAUUAAUUCGGCUGCUAGCUUAUUU